AUGGAAAAGUUGAAGAGGGUGGUGGCUAAGCGGAAGAGGGAGAGAGAGAGAGAGAGAGAGAGAGAAGUACCUCCGUACUUCCACUCGAGUAGUUUUUCCUCAAAGGCUUGUUCUGACGGCGGCAGCUGUUCGAGAUCAAUCGAUGAAGCUGGCUCGACCGAAAUUCCUGGCGGGAGAGAAGAGAGAGAAGACAAGGGCGCUUCCUCCUCGCUGGUAGUAAAAUUCGCUGAUACUGAAAAGGAAAGACAAUUAAGGCGGAUGCAGCAGAUGGCCGGAAAUAUGAGUCUGCUAAAUCCUUUCGUCUUCAACCAGUUUGGAACUUACGGAGCUUACGCUCAGGAAAUGCAGCAGGCAGCUUUAUUAGCAGCCCAAGGAACCUACAUUAACCCCAUGGCAGCUUUGGCAACACACACUUUAAAUGGUGGAGGUACUCCUGGACCAACAGUUAAUGGAGCUUUACCUAGCCUUCCAUCACCGACUGUGCCCAACUUCAACAUGGCACAGACGCCCAACGGGCAACCACCAGCUACAGAACCAGCAAUCUAUACUAAUGGCAUUCACCAAACCUACCCGCCUCCUCCUGGACUGACAAAUGGAGAAGCUGCGUUGCAACACGCUGCUGCUUACACAGGGAUGCAACCUUAUCCUGGAGUUGCAUACCCAGCAGUGUACGGCCAAUUCGCUCAGGCAAUACCACAGCCUAUAGCAGCAGUGGCUGCAUCACAAAGAGAAGGCUGUUCCAUAUCUGGUCCAGAAGGAUGUAAUCUGUUCAUAUACCACUUACCACAAGAAUUCGGGGAUGCAGAACUGAUGCAGAUGUUCUUACCAUUUGGAACAGUCAUUAGCUCGAAGGUUUUGUCUCAUUCGACAACCCCACCAGCGCACAAGCAGCCAUUCAAGCAAUGAAUGGUUUUCAAAUUGGAAUGAAGAGAUUAAAAGUACAACUAAAAAGGCCCAAGGAUGCUAACCGUCCUUAUUAAUCCGUGCACAUAAGAAAACCUGAAUUUAUGGUUGACUGUUCAAAGUUUAUCAGAGAAUCUACUACUUAAUGUAUACCUGUCUGCCAAAGUAAGAAGCCUGAAUUCACUAGUCAGAGUCUAGUCAACCAUGGAUAAUAUUUUUACUUUGUACAAAGAAUAAUAUUAGUCUGCUGCUGUAAAAUAUCAAGAUAUAAUGUAAAAUAUCUAACUAAAGUUAAUUUUCACAUUUUUAAAUAAUUUGAUUCGUCAUUAAUUCUCGUUUAGUUGUUAAUAUAUUUGAUUAAUUACAGCAGUCAUCGAUUAAUACUAUGUCUUUAUCGUUAUUAUUUAUUAUUUUUAUUAGUUUCAAAAUCACUUUGUUACCUUUAUUAAUGACUAGGCCAUUAUGUAGAGUAUAUAUGUAACACAGUUACUAAAUAAAACUUUGUUGAUAUUAGAUAUAGCCAUUUCCGAUGGCAGCAAUGUAAUACUAAGAACUAUUGACUGUUAAGCGUCCCAAAUUAUUAAAUGUGAUAAACAUUUUGCUAUUAUCUCUCUAGGAAUUAAAGAAUUGUCCAUUUAGGGUUUGGCAUUUUAUGUGGUAAAUUUGCUAUCGGGACUAUUCCAAACGGGCUGUGAUUUUUUCAAUGACAACUUUGUCUUUUACGUAUAUAUAUGUAUUGAUGUAUAUAUGUAGUAAUUGACUGUACAGGAUGUUGUAUGGUAAUUGUUGUUAUGCAGUCCUUAUAUUAGUCAUAGGUGAAAAGUACUGCUGUCAAUUCAUUAAAAUAAAAAAAAAUAAAAAAAAUAAGAUGGGUUUAAAACUAAAUUAAGAAUAAUUCACUCUACCCUUUAUUUGUCAUUACUUUCCUACUUUUUUUUGAAUUGGUGAAAACUCAUGAUGUAAAUAUAUUCUGAUUCAAAUAUUUAAUGGAUAUAAUUUUUAAAAUUCAUAUAAAUCAGUGAGGUGACUUGGCCUAUUUAUUAUUUAUCCAUAAAAGAUAUUAUUGUAAAUAAGAAGGCGGAUGAAAAAUAUGUAUUGAUUUCAUUUUUAGUAUUUAUGAGUAUGAAAUUAUAAAAAAUUUUAAAUUCUAAAUUAUUGGGAUCAAAAUUUAGAGGACCAGCAGUGUAACCCAAUUCUUCUAAAGAGAAAAAAAAAAGGAAAAUGAUAGAGAAGGUAGAGACAAAGAAAUAAUACUUUUUAAUUGUAAAAGACUUUUAAGCCCAUCUAUAAUAAGAGCUUCACAUUUCUUUAAUACUUCUUUCAAUUGUUCACAGCCUUUCAUCCUAAAAUUAUUUACAUUUUGGUGUUCCUUAUCAUGGCCAUGUAUUUAGCAUUACAAUUGGCAAAAUAGAACUUUACCACUACAGAGUUCUGUUUUGAAAAGAAAAAAAUUAUCAUUGAUAUAUAUCCCCCUUAACAUUUUUAGAAUUUGUAAUGGAUUUCCGGCCAAGAUAGCUCAAUGUCCUCUUUUUUCUUUAGCUGUAAGGUUUCCUUAUCAAUGCUUUAUAAAUAUAUAUAUAUAUAUAUAUAGAAAACACGUUAACUUGUUUUAGAUAAUGUAAAAUAUCUAGGGGUGCUUCGUUCCACCUCUUUUUUUCCAUUGUAUGUGUACCAUUUUAAUAACAAUCCUUGGAUACAUGGCAACAUACUAAGGUAUUCUAUGUAUAAUACAGGCCUAUAGCAUUUGAAUGUUUUGUCUCUGUGUAUUGUUGUUAUCAUUGGGAGCUUAACAGUCAACAGAAUAUUUUAUAUUAUUCGGCAAAAACACUAUAUUUUUUUCUAAUAUAUCUUGUAAAUAUACUUCGAGUGGAAUUAAAAGCAUAUAGGAAAUAAGUAUUUUAUUACUUCCUUAAAAGGUUAGUCAUCAGCUUUGUAAAUUUAAAAUGGAAGGUACCACCAUAUAGUGUAAAGUUCUAGUUUAUACCAAAAAAAAAAAGAAAUAUUUUCAAAGAUUGAUAGUACUUAACUUUAUUAAUUUAUUUAUCAUUUAGAUGUUAAAUAUUGUUAUAAUUUAUAUUAUGAAAAGCUAUAGCAUGUGAAGCUUAUUAUAUUGUAAAUAUUUUGAUUAUCACAUUUAGAUUAUUAUUAUUUUAUUUUUUUUAUUGUUAGAAUCACUUCAGUAUAUUUCUCAUAGAACGAAGUGUCUUUUAAUUCAAGAUAUAGCUAAAUAUAGCUUAAUAACAAUGGUGGUAGCCAAUGACAUUGAAAUCUUAAAGCUUAAUUUAGAAAUCUAUGUAGAAUAUUACAGGGCAAAUAGCAUUCAAUAUAGGGUUAACAUAAAUAAAUAGGCCUGUUAAUAAUGCCUUAAUAACAUUGCAUAGGCUACAAUAUCAUGUACAUGGUUAUGACAGAAAAUUUGUUUAACAUAUAAAUACUUAUGUAUGUAUGCAUAUAUACAUAUAUAUAUAUAUAUAUAUAUAUAUAUAUAUAUAUAUGUGUGUGUGUAUAUAUGUAUAUACAUACAUAUUUAUAUAUAUCUAUUUAUUCAUUUUAAUAUAGUUAUAUUAUUAACUUUAUAUACAAAUUUAAAAUAUUACUUGUGUGUAUGAAUAUAUGUGUAUGUAUAGUAUGUAUAUAUGUAAAUAUCCAUACACACAGAAUCAUUAAAA